AUUUCCUCUCUUUGGCAGUCUCUUACGUCUAUCAUCUUCUACUAAUGGACUUCAAAACCCUAGCUCUCCCCUACCACCUUCCGCCUACACGAAUCACUCACGACAGACGAUUCUUCUCAUCUCCUUCAUUCUUCAAUCAGUUUGCUUCUUCUUCGUCUUCUUCUUUUUUUGCUCCUUCCAUUGUCAAUGUUUGUUUGAGAACGAGUCCUCGCCGCCACAGCUGCCGCUUCAGGACCGCUUGCUUUGGCCCUCCGGAUCAAGUUGUGGGGAAGAAGCCUAAUUGCGCGAGUAGCAAUGACGGAGUCAUUGUUUCGGUUGCUUCUGUUCUACCGGAAACCAUGGACGAUAAUCAAUCUGUAGCGGCAGAGGAUUUUAGUGCAGGCAAGAGAAUUUGGACACAGAUGAAGGAGAUAGCCAUGUUUGCAGGCCCUGCAACAGGGCUCUGGAUAUGUGGACCCCUGAUGAGUCUCAUUGAUACUGCAGUUAUCGGCCUAGGCAGCUCUGUGGAGCUUGCUGCCUUAGGACCAGCAACCGUCGUUUGUGAUUAUCUCAGUUACGUGUUCAUGUUCCUCUCCAUAGCUACUUCCAAUAUGGUCGCCACCUCCCUCGCUAAAGAGGACAAAAAUGAAGUACAACAUCAAAUAUCCAUCUUGCUUUUUGUUGGUUUAGCUUGUGGUGUGGGAAUGCUUUUCUUCACAAAAUUGUUAGGCGCAAGGAUACUAACUGCUUUCACUGGGCUGCAGAAUAUACAUAUGGUACCUGCUGCAAACACAUAUGUUCAGAUUCGAGGCUUAGCCUGGCCAGCACUUCUUGUUGGAUGGGUUGCUCAAAGUGCCAGUCUAGGAAUGAAAGAUUCUUGGGGACCUUUGAAGGCUUUGGCAGUUGCUAGUGCUGUAAAUGGCAUUGGUGAUAUCGUCUUAUGCUGUUUCUUAGGAUAUGGUAUUGCUGGUGCAGCUUGGGCUACAAUGGUUUCACAGGUCAUUGCGGCUUUGAUGAUGCUUGGAUCUCUGAACCAGAAGGGCUUUAAUGCUUUCUCCUUAUCUAUUCCAUCACUCAAGGAACUAGUGCAAAUACUGGAGCUUGCUGCUCCAGUGUUCAUAACAUUGACAUCUAAGGUGGCCUUUUAUUCUCUUCUGACAUAUUUUGCUACUUCUAUGGGCACGAUUACUAUUGCAGCCCAUCAGGUUAUGAUUCAGGUUUUUUGCAUGUGUACUGUAUGGGGGGAGCCUCUUUCUCAAACCGCACAGACAUUUAUGCCUGAGUUGAUUUAUGGAGUUAAUCGAAGUUUGGAAAAGGCGAGGAUGCUACUGAAAUCACUUGUGAUCAUUGGAGCCUUAACUGGAUUUAUGUUAGGAACUGUUGGGACAUCUGUCCCUUGGUUUUUCCCUAGCCUUUUCACAACUGAUCAUGAGGUCAUUGGAGAGAUGCACAAAGUGUUGCUUCCAUACUUCAUUGCAUUAAUGGUGACACCUGCUACACAUAGCCUUGAAGGGACAUUGUUGGCUGGCAGGGAUCUUAGGUUUCUAAGUUUCUCAAUGAGUGGGUGUUUUUCUUUGGGUGGCCUUAUGUUACUGCUUGUGAGCAGUAGAGGAUGUGGUCUGCCAGGCUGCUGGUGGGGACUUGCAGGGUUUCAAUGGACUCGUUUUUGCCUUGCUCUGCGACGACUGACUUCACCCCAUGGCGUACUAUACUUGGAAGAAUUCAACCAACAUAAGCUGCAAAAGUUGAAAGCUGCAUAGGGAUCCCUUUCUAUCUAUUUGAAGAUUGAUAAUUUUACUCCCUUGCACAAUAAGAAGUACGGGUAGCGGAAGUGACAUCCUUGCUUUUGGACCAAGGAUUGGACAUAACUGGAGCACCCCAAGCCACUGUUCAAGCUGCAAAAAGGUUAGUGAUGGUCAUUAAUAUUGGCAUUGUUGUUCUUGGAAGUGUAUAAAUUGUCUUAUGCUCUCUGAUAUAAGAAAUAUUUGUUCCAUUGUUUAUUGUUUACUGCCAAUCCAUGUAAUUAGAAGAAAAUUCUGCAUUAUUUGUCAAAUAAGAAAAAUGAUGGUUUUGAG